AUGUUGUCAGCCCUGAGCAGCAAGGAAAACAGGAAGCGGCCUGAUCCUCAGCUGCUUCGCCUGGGCGCUGAGCCCCUGGAAGCUCUGCUAGACCUGGGUCUCGAACCAGGCCCUGCCCUGAGCCAUUGGCUUGGUCCACCCUGGCCAAAACACCACCGCGGCUUUGCCCUCGUCAGAGGAGGUGAGAUUCUGGCUACAACCAGGGCCGCGCUCACCUCGCAGUAUCCGGCCUGCUUGGCGGAGCUUUCGUCGGCUUCGGAGGAGACUCCCCAAGCUCACGAGUACAUGUGCUUCUUCCAGUUCAACCUGGCUCAUGACAGCGACUGGGUCCUUGUUGAGGAGUUUUGUUGA